AUGACUUCUCACGGUACGUUGAAGGCGACUUUCGCUAGUCGCGCCGAAUCGGCCAGCCACCCACUUACGGCCUAUCUACUUCGCUUGAUGGAUCUAAAGGCGUCCAACCUGUGCCUCAGCGCCGACGUUCCGACAGCGAGAGAACUGCUCUACCUGGCCGACAAGGUCGGGCCGUCCAUCGUGGUACUGAAGACGCACCACGAUAUUGUCGCCGGAUGGGACUACAAUCCGCAGACGGGCACUGGGGCCAAGCUUGCCGCGAUAGCUCGCAAACACGGCUUCCUCAUUUUCGAGGACCGCAAGUUUGGCGACAUUGGCAACACGGUCCAGAUGCAAUACGUUGCUGGUUCGGCACGGAUCAUCGAAUGGGCCCACAUUACCAACGUCAACAUGGUACCGGGCAAGGCUGCCGUCACAGCUCUCGCCGAGGCCGCAGCACGCUGGCGUGAACGGUACCCCUACGAAGUGAAAACAUCGGUUACGGUCGGAACGCCGAGGUCGGAGAGUUUCGACGACUACGAGGAGGACAAUGGAGAUGGUCACGAGCACACAAUCGGUACGCCGCGGCCAUCCGACAUCAACGGACGCAAGGGUAGCAUCGUGUCCAUCACGACGUUGACCCAACACUUCGAGCCGGCUCCCUCUCCUCGCUUCCCGAGAAACGAGUCCCACAGCUCCGAAGAGGUCCUGUACGCAGGUAUUGAGGAGGCCCCUAUGGACCGCGGCCUUCUCAUCCUGGCUCAGAUGUCGAGCGCCGGCAACUUCAUGAACAAGGAGUACACACAGGCUUGCGUCGAGGCCGCGAGGGAGAACAAGAACUUUGUCAUGGGCUUCGUAUCCCAGGAGAGCCUCAACACUGAGCCGGGAGAUUAUUUUAUCCACAUGACACCUGGCUGCCAACUGCCUCCGGAGGGUGACGAGGAGAACGGCGGCGUCGCGGGAGACGGCAAGGGACAGCAGUACAACACGCCCCAGAAGCUCGUCGAGCUCUGCGGUACUGACAUCGUCAUUGUCGGGCGUGGUAUUUUGAAGGCGGGUGACCCUCAGUCGGAGGCCGAGAGAUACCGCAGGAAGGCCUGGAAGGCGUAUCUCUCUCGAGUAGCAUAG